CCGUGGCGACGAUGUUAAACAACCACUCCCGCAGAGGCAGCGAGCUUAGCCAGGAGUGUAAAAGCUUGGAUGCCCAACUCUUGCUUCUGUGAAUGAACAAGCCAGUUUUAUCUUGUUUGGAGCAAUGCUGAAAUUCCAAGAGACUGCUAAGUGUGUGAGUAGACCCACAGCCCUUUCCAUGAGCCCAGCCACGUUGAUUGCAAGAAGAUAUGUUCUUCAGCGGAAACUUGGCAGUGGAAGUUUUGGAACUGUCUAUCUGGUGUCAGACAAGAAAGCCAAGGAUGGAGAGGAACUAAAGGUACUGAAGGAAAUCUCUGUUGGAGAAUUAAAUCCAAAUGAAACUGUGCAGGCCAGUGCUGAAGCUCAGCUCCUCUCCAAGCUAAACCAUCCGACCAUUGUCAGAUUCCACGCAAGCUUUGUGGAGCAGGGUACUUUUUGUAUUAUCACGGAAUACUGUGAGGGCCGAGAUCUGGACUAUAAAAUUCAAGAAUAUAAAGAAGCUGGGAAAAGCUUUCCUGAAAAUCAGAUAGUAGAAUGGUUUAUUCAGUUGUUGCUUGGAGUUGAUUAUAUGCAUGAGAGGAGAAUACUUCACCGAGACUUGAAAUCAAAGAAUAUAUUUCUGAAAAAUAAUCUACUGAAAAUCGGGGAUUUUGGAGUUUCUCGGCUGCUAAUGGGUUCGUGUGAACUGGCUACAACUCUAACCGGGACCCCCCAUUAUAUGAGUCCCGAGGCCCUGAAGCACCAAGGCUACGAUGCCAAGUCUGACAUCUGGUCACUGGCAUGCAUUUUAUAUGAGAUGUGUUGCAUGGAUCAUGCGUUUGCUGGCUCCAGUUUCUUCUCUGUGAUUUUGAAAAUCGUUGAAGGCAACACACCUUCACUCCCUGCCGGAUAUCCACAAGAACUAAACAGCAUCAUGGAACGCAUGUUGAACAAGAGUCCUUCACUGAGACCGUCAGCUGCAGAAAUUUUAAAAGCCCCUUACGUGGAAGAGCAGCUUCAGCACCUGAUGUGUAAAUAUCCAGAGAUGACACUAGGAGACAAGAACUCAGUUUGUCAGAAGGAGGCCGGUCAUACAGUUAAUGCCAUGCAGGGAAAGAUUCACCUGCCGACUCUGCAAGCCUUGUCUGACGUGCAGAAAACGACUCCCAGAGAACGGAUGUGCUUGAGGAAGCUGCAGGCAGCUGAUGAGAGAGCCAGGAGGCUGAAAAAGAUUGCUGAAGAAAAAGAUAAAGAAAAUAACAAAUGGAUGCAAGAACUGAGAUCCCAGGACUUUGGGUCCGUGAGCGCCGAGGUACUCCAUGAAUUAGAUGAACAGACUUCGCAGAGCCUGCCUGAGCCUCAGUCCCUUCCGCGCCUGGACCUCGAUGAACUAGAGCCGAGUUUAGAGGGCACCAUUGCUGACCUUGGACAUUACGAGAUCCCAGAAGACCCACUUGUUGCUGAACAAUAUUAUGCUGAUGUAUUUGAUUCCUGUUCUGAAGACAGUGAGGAGCAGAAGGAAGAAAUGGUGUUCCCAGAAGCAGGGGGAGACAUGAGAGAGGAGGGAUCCCUACCUGCAUACAGAACAAACCAACAGGACAGUGAUACUGACGCGCUGGUUGGGUGUUUGGAACAUGUCCUGGGUUACACCUCUCUGGACACAAAGACCAUUACCAAUGCCGUGGCGGAUAUGUCUCAUGGACCAACGGUUUUCAACAGUGCAGUGGCUAGGACCAAGAUGAAGCACAUGAAGGAAUCAGCUGUACAGAAGCUAGGAAUGGAAACAUUUGAGGAGGUCUACGAUUACCUGAGGAGAGCAAGGCAUCAGAAUGCCGGAGAAGCAGAGAUCUGGGAGCAUCUGGAGACGCUAGCUCCCCGGGCCAGUGACUGCUUCGAAAUUGACCAGCUCCUCUACUUUGAGGAGUUGCUGCUGACCACAGAAGGCAAAGAGCCCACUCUCCAGAGCCUGCACCGGGAAGAUACCCCGGGGAAGCCUGCCAGGGACACACAUUUCUGUGAAAAUCCAUGAAGUUUACACUCUAGACAGUAGCAAGAGAAACUUGUCGGUAGGAGCCACCACCCUUCCCUUCGGCUCCUGAUCAGUAAGGAUAUCUAUGGAGAGGAAAGCUCUCAGCUGACUGCCAGGGCUUGAUGUCACAGGUCAAGGUACCAAAGUCUGGUGUCCUGAAAGGCUUUACCUCGGGUGUAUGGCCCUCAGGAUAAGGAGGGAGCACUCUGAAGUCUUAGGUGCUCUAUGCUAUAAGUCCAUGGGGCAAGCCCCGUGCCUGACCGGUGUGAGCUCCAGGAACCAUGGCCAGCAUGCUAGUGAUGGCUGCUGGACACCAGCCUGGACAAUGGCCUGUUCAGCUCCAAUGAUGUAAUUUUGAUCAACAUUUUUUUUCUUUCUAUGUCUAACAUGCAAGCAGUGCACAAAUCUAAGGACCAGGAUGGAAAAUCCCCAAGAAGAAUGGAGGAGUGGCCCCCGGUUCUGGAAAGACUCAGUGUA